AUGGCUAGCCCACCUGUGCUAGCUUUCGAUGCUGAGGGCCGCCCAGUGAAGUUUGACACCUGGAUAGAUGACCUGCACCUCUAUCUACAGCUCUUUGCCAAGGACGACAUCUCACUGUACGACCACGCCCUAGGCCAUGUCACUACCCCUGCUGCUUGUGCUGACAGCACUGCCCGCUCACAGUGGCAGACUCGUGACGCCCACGCUCGCUUUGCUAUUCGCAACUCCCUGCCGAUAGAUGAGCGCGAGCACUUUGGACAGCACAAGACUGCACAGGCACUGUACACUGCUGUCGUUGCCCGCUACUCCUCACCGGCCUCUGCCGCACUAGGCCGUCUCUCUCUUCCCUACCUGUUCCCCGACUUAGCCUCUUUCCACACUGUCGCUGACCUCAUUACGCACCUCCGCACUAGUGAGGCUCGCUUCCGCGCUGCUAUGCUUGAUGAGUUCCUUGCCAAGAACCCACCCCCGCUCUGGCUCACUCUCUACCACCUAGUCACUCGCCUCCCUGACACUCUGCGCUCAGUCAGGGACCACUUCCUAGCUCGCUGCCCCACUGAGCUCACCAUUGCCCUCCUCAAGAAGGAACUCCUUGCAGGUGAGGCUAGCAUAGUCGCUGUAGGUGCCUCUCGUGGCGACCCCCGUACCCCGUUCUUUGAGGGGUGUUCUCCUUCCCCCCUUCUUCCCUCUGUCGCCUCUGCUGCUGCUGUCGACCUCCUUGGUGCUGAGAAGGUCGGGACUGCGUCUGCUUCGAGCGUGCGCCGCAGCGGCAAGGGCAAAGGGGGCAAGGGCGGUGGCGGUGACGGCGGGGGAGGCGGUGGUGGGGGCGGUGGCGGCGGUGGGGGUGGUGGCACGACUGGAGGGGCUAGUGGCAGCGGUGGGGGUGGUGGCGGCAGUGGCGGGGGAGGUGGCAGGGGUGGAGGCGGUGGUGGGGGUGACGGUGGACGCGGCGGCGGCAGGGGUUGGGGUGGUCGAGGAGGUGGCGGCUGCGGUGGUGGUCGUGGAGGCGCUGGCGGUGGCCAGAGCCAGCAGCACACUCCCUCGCCCCAGGAGGUCCGUGAGUGGUACUCUCAGCACGGGGGGGGGGGGGGAGGGGGGGUGGCUUUAGCUGCACGUACGUCAUUCGCACUGGUGACCGCACUGGCCACUGAGCUGCCCCGCUGGGUUGAUCUCCUGAAGAAGGGGAUUGAUAUCUAUGCUCUAGACUUUGAUGCUAUUCUCACUGCUAUGUAUCUGAUGUCUACUAGUGGAGAGGGUGUUGAGUACCUGUGUGUGCCGCCCGACCCGGGCAUUAGGACUAGUGCGUCUGCCGCUCCAGGUACUCGCGUGUCCGCUACCCCAGGUGCUGGUGAGGCAGCUGCUCUAGGUGCUUGUGCGUCUGCCCCCCCUGGUACUGAGUCGACUGCAGCACUGCACACCUUCACACUGGACUCAGGUGCUUCUCGCUGCUUCUUUCGUGACCGCACUGCCCUUGAGCCGCUUGCUCGGCCAGUUGCUGUCUCCCUCGCUGACCCCUCUGGGGGUCCGGUCAUUGCGACCUCCUCCACUCUCCUCCCCUGUCCUGCGGUCCCGUCGGGCACACUGUCAGGUCUCCACCUCCCCUCGUUCUCUACGAACCUGGUGGCAGGAUGGUCCUUCCUCCCCUCCCUCCCUCACCUGCUCCUCCCUGUCUUCCCUGUGUUGAGGGGCGGCAGCGCGCUGCUCCUCACUCCUCCUAGUUUCCCCCGACGACUGCUCCCUUGCAGACGCUCCACAUGGACGUGUGGGGCCCAGCCCGCGUCCGUGGUCAGGCUCAGCGAGCGUUUCCACUCGGACAUUCCUGUCCUGCGCUUGCACUCUGAUAGAGUUGGUGAGUUCUCCUCCGACCUCUUGGCAGCCUACUGUGCUGAGCACGGCAUUGAGCAGUCGUUCACGCUUCCGGCCUCUCCACAGCAGAAUGGGAUUGCGGAGCGCCGCAUUGGCCUGGUCAUGGAGCUCAACCUCUGGCCCCGUGUCUCCUUGCCGGAGACCUCGCCCACACUGCUGUGGACGGGGGAGGUUGGCAAUGCGUCGCGUUUCCGGGUCUGGGGAUCUCGAGCCUUUGUCCGCGAUACGUCUGCGGACAAGCUCUCCUCUCGUGCUGUUCCCUGCGUCUUCCUCGGCUUUGUCCCGGACGCGCCUGGUUGGCAGUUUUACCACGCCACCUCGCGCCGAGUCUUGCCCUCUCAGGACGUCACUUUUGACGAGUCCGUUACCUACUACCGCCUCUUCCCCUACCGCACUGCCCCGCUCCCCACCCCCGCCUCUCUUCCUCGCGCCAAGUGCUGCUGUCGUAGACCCCCUCCCCCCUCAGGGUGCCGCUCCCUUAGGUGUGUCUCAGGUAGACCCGGUUGA